GUUUCGGUUCUUGUGACAGUCUACCAGCGUAUCAUGCCAGGAAUAAUCCCAAGCAGAGCUUUGAGCCACGUCUUGUUUGGCGCUAUUUUCAGUGUGCUGUCCUGGUAAAAGUAUCAGGGUGAAAUAACCUCAGGGCAUGAUGGGGGCUGCACUGGAUCAAUGGCUUCAAACCGGAGUCCUAGUUCGCAACAGCAUGGAAACAGUGUCAGCUCCUGCGCUCAGUGAGGUCUCAUCCGUUUCCAAGGGACAACAAAUGAGCCCUGAUGUCUCCACGAAGGAGUCUGCUGUUAUAUAAUAGCUUUAUGCUGAAGCAUGUGAGACAAUGACCCUAGAAAACAUAUAAUAAUAAUAUGACAGAAGAUGGGGGAUUGGAACUUAUUAGGGAGUAUUUUAGAAGAAGUCCACAUUCAUUCCACCAUCGUGGGGAAGAUCUGGCUCACCAUCCUCUUCAUUUUCCGCAUGCUUGUGCUUGGCGUGGCGGCUGAGGACGUGUGGGACGACGAGCAGAGUGAGUUUGUCUGCAACACGGAGCAACCCGGCUGCAAGAACGUCUGCUACGAUCAGGCCUUCCCCAUCUCCCUCAUCCGCUACUGGGUGCUGCAGAUCAUCUUCGUGUCCUCGCCCUCUCUGGUCUACAUGGGGCAUGCUUUGUACCGCCUGAGGACCCUGGAGAAGGAGAGGCACAGGAAGAAAGCCUGUCUGAAGGCUGCGCUGGAGAGCACGGACCCCUUGCAGCAGGAGGACCAUAAGAGGAUCGAGCGAGAGCUCAGGAAGCUGGAUGAACAGAAGAAAGUGAGGAAGGCUCCUCUGAGAGGCUCGUUGCUCCGCACAUAUGUUUUCCAUAUCUUAACCAGAUCUGCGGUAGAGGUGGGUUUCAUUAUCGGUCAGUGUGCACUGUACGGCAUCGGUCUAUCCCCUUUGUACAAAUGUGAGCGGCUGCCCUGCCCCAACAGUGUGGAUUGUUUUGUGUCCCGGCCAACAGAGAAGAACAUUUUCAUGAUCUUCAUGCUGGUUAUUGCUGGAGUGUCUUUGUUCCUCAAUCUCCUGGAGAUCUUCCACCUGGGGGUGAAGGAGAUCAAGCAGAGCCUGUAUGGAUACAAAUAUGGAGACGAUGAGAGCGUGUGCCGGUCUAAGAAGAACUCUAUGGUGCAGCAGGUGUGUGUGCUCACUAACUCCUCUCCGCAGAGGCUGAUGCAGCUCACUCAGAUGACCUGCUCUGCUGGCUCUGAUGCCCAAAGGGGGAGUGUGGCCCUUGCGACCCCUCGCAAUAAGGAGGGCUCCAACAGCCAGCAGCCUGCACACACAUACCUGCAGCAGCCCAAGGGCCACUCAGCGGACAACAGGAAGCCGUCCUGCAGCAGUGACGAGUCCAAUGAAGCGCACGGCUCAGGCCGGCCCCAGUAUGCCGGACCCCGACCCACACUGAUGGCCGGACACAUGGAGAUCCCCGCCGCCCUGAGGAAUGCCCAGAGGAAGCAGAGCAGAGUGAGUAAGGAGUACAGCGACAUGAGCGACUCUCCGGAGAGCGACCACUACCCUACAGCCAGGAAGUGCAGCUUCAUGUCUCGGGACCUGUCGGACGGCAUGCUGGCUUCCACGUCGGACAGCACCGGCUCCCAGAGCGGGGCAGACUUGGAGGCCCAGCACCUGAACCAGGGGGAGAGCCCAGCAGUGACCCCCCCACCCCCAGCCAGCGGGAGGAGGAUGUCUAUGGUAAAAGUCUACAGGGAGGAUCUGCCCCGGCCCAAGCAGCCAGGAGGUCUGCUGUUAGGUGCCGGUGUAGAUAUUAAUGCCUGCAGAAUUCACCUGACGCUGAUUUGGAUCAGUUUGACAAGUCACUGCCCCCUCAAUCUGUCGCACUGGCACGUUUCCAGGUAA